CUCACUUGAAAGAGGGACAAGUACGAGAAGCUCAUCGGAUGGCAUCUCUUUCAAUUUUUUUUUGGUUUGAUUUUUUUCUCUUUCUCUAAAAUAACCUCCACACUAUAAAGAGGGACGAGUACGGGAAGCUCAUAGGAUGGCAUCGUUUUUCAAAUUUUUAUUUUGUUUGAUUUUCCUCUCUUCCUCUGAAAUCACGAUGAGCCAAGGCAAAGGAAGUUGCUCAUCAUCUUGCGGAAGCCUUCAAAACAUUAAGUAUCCUUUCCACCUGAGAGGUGAUCCAACUGAAUGCGGUGGUUCUGAUUUUGAACUCAAUUGCGAAGGCAACAAUGCGGUAAUAGAGAUCCACCGAAGUAAGUAUUAUGUCAAAGAAAUAUCAUAUCGUGAUUCUAAAAUCAUGCUUGUUGAUGUUAAUUUGGCACAUGGAAACUGCAAUCUUCCAAGUGGAUCAAUAUAUCCAGGUGAUUAUAAGAAAACAUUCUGGCUUGACAGGGGGGGUUUACAUGUUCAAGAUCAAGCUACAUUUAUUAACUGCUCAAUGAAGAUCAAUAGUCCAAAUUAUGAAGUUAUGCCUUGUCUCAGCAAUAACAACUCAACCAUCUAUGUGAUAUUUAAUGCUUUAUAUGUUGGGUUACUUGAAACGAAUUGUCAAUUUCUAUUCACAAUUCCUAUGACCAUAAACUCUAAACUUAGUAUGUUUGAUCAACUAAAACAAGGUUUCAGGCUACAUUGGCAUCCUCCCAUCAAUUCUGUGAUAGAUGCUAUAAGCUACUGUGGUCAAAGUGUUGGUCGUCUCCUUUGGGGUGGUAGUAUUCAAUCAAGAUGGUAUAAAGAAGAAAUGGGCAAUGCAUUUUAUUACAUGACAUCGCCAAUCCGUUUUGAAAUUGAAUUCUUGUCAUGUCUCAAUGAAGCGGAAUACAAUGAUUCGAUUUUAACUUUCUAUGCAGCAAUAAUAAUUUUCUCAAUAUUGGGCAUAACACUCUUAAUUCUAGUUUUGUUAAUGUUUGGAAGGCUUUUAUUUGCACCAUUCUGUGUUCUAUCAUUCCUUGCAUACAACUUAUUCAAGCUUAUCAAGCCUGUUGAUAGCGUUGAGAGGUUUCUACAAAAUCAAAAAGCCCUAUCACCAUCAAAAUAUUCAUACAAUGAUAUUAUCAUUAUUACAAGCAACUUCAAAGAGAAGAUAGGGCAAGGAGGCUUUGGGUCCGUCUAUAAAGGAAGGCUCCCUGGUGGUUAUUUAGUAGCUGUGAAGAUGUUGGGAAAAUCCAUGGGUGAUGGAGAGGAUUUUAUUAAUGAAGUAUCUACUAUCGGUAGGAUUCAUCAUGUAAACGUACUGCAACUUGUUGGAUUUUGUGCUGAAGGAUCAUAUAGAGCACUGGUUUAUGAGUACAUGGCUAAUGGGUCUCUUGAUAAAUACAUUUUUACUUUUGACAAGGCAAAAAGAAUCCUCAACAUGGACAAGCUUCUUGAGAUUGCCUAAUCUGUGGCCAAGGGACUUCAUUACUUACACCAGGGGUGUAAU